AAUCAUACCUGUUUUUUACCUGAGAAAUUGGUCACGUGACUGAUGACUAAGGGAAGCAACUGUUUUGAAAUGCAUAAGUAGGAAUAUGGCGAUGUGGAGAAGCAAAUUAAUACUUUUUAUUGUAUUCCAUGUCUCUUAUGCCCAAUACAGUGAAAGAGACAGAACACGAUAUCAAGACAGUGAUUGUUUACAAGGUACAGCCCUUGGUGUAAGUAGUAGGGGAGGUAAUAGAAUACCCAACAGUAAUUUCUGGGCAUCGUCUUCCAGCAGUGAUGUCAGACAGCCAUAUAAAGCCAGAUUAGAGGAUUCUACAGGUGCAUGGACUGCAAGUAUUUUAGAUACAAAUCAAUACCUAGGAAUAGAUCUUGGAGGAGAAUACAUCUUAACUGAUAUAUGGACUCAAGGUCGACAAGGGUCAGGGGAAUUUGUGACGGAAUUUUAUAUUGCAUUCUCCAGUGACAAAACAACAUGGCGAGAGUAUACAAAUGAAUAUGGUAUACGACAGAUGUUUGGUGGGAAUACAAACUCUGACAUGAUUUCUAAGAACUACCUGAAAUAUCCAGUGGUUGCUAGAUAUAUAAUGAUCCAUCCACAGAGAUGGGUUGGUGUAAUUUCAAUGAGAUUAGAACUGUUUGGUUGUAAAUACACCUCUGAAGUAGCAACCUUUGAUGGAAAGUCCAGUAUUAGCUAUGAUUUAUCAGUUGGUAACACUGGUCCCAUGCCUUCUAAUAAUAUCAAAUUAAGAUUUAAAACUAAAGAGCAGAACGGUGUCCUGUUUUAUGCCUCUGGGAAUCAGCGAGAUUACCUGUCAUUAGAGCUUGUACAGGGAAGACUUGUGCUCCAUAUUGAUUUAGGAUCUACCGCAAAUAACCCUGGCGCCACUAAUCAGACUGGUGGUAAUCUCCUUGACGACAGCCAAUGGCAUGAUGUGAUUAUAUGGAGAAAUCGUACUGAUGUUCGACUGGUUGUUGAUAGGCUGGAAACUUAUUUUAAGACCAAUGGUCUUUUCUACAGAUUAAAUUUAGACAGAACGAUUUUCCUAGGAGGAGUUCCUACAUUUAAUGUUGAAGGUAUUACAGUACGUCAUAAUUUUACUGGUUGCCUGGAAAAUGUUGUAUUUGAAGGAAGUAAGAUGAUCAGUGAUGCUAAGAACAGGAUACCAGGUUACACAGUUGGUAACAGUCAGAUAGCAACCAUGUUUUCUUGUAAGAUUGAUGCACCAUCACCAGCUACAUUCCCUUCCAUUGGAUCCUAUGUGAAAUACACAAGUACGGAAAUAGGAUUGGCUGUUAGAAUUAACUUUGAUUUCCGUACACAUGAUCCUGAUGGAAUACUAUUUUUCCAUCAGCUAGAGAAAGACAAAGGUGGUGGAUUUAUACAGGUUGAAUUCUUGAAAGGAAAAACUGGUUUUGUUCAAUACAAGUUACAGACCUCGGACCAAGAAUCUUCUGCAGACACAAUAGAAGAUGUUGUAAGAAACACUGCUGGAGAUCUAACCAGUGGAUUUGCUGAUGGAUUGUGGCACAAGUUCUCACUUCUACUUAAUAAUGAGAAACUAAAUGUAACAAUAGACAGAAAUUCUAAAGUCUCUAUUAGAACUAUGGCUAUUCAGGCUGGGUCUACAUACUAUUUAGGUGGAGUUGGCUCUAUAAGUAUUAAAGGAGGUUACAUUUUUGGUAAUGGAUUUAGAGGCUGCAUGAGGAGUGUUACCAUAUCAUCACAACCUGUUGAUUUUGCUGCUAUCUCAGAAGUUGACAGACCAUCUGUUUUGACAGGAAGUUGUGGAUUGGUUGACAGAUGUACCCCCAACCCAUGUGAACAUUAUGGUGUAUGUACACAGACAUGGGAUAGUUUUGUAUGUGACUGCAGUAAUACAGGAUACAAAGGAGAAGUGUGUCAUGUCUCUGCAUAUUAUUUAUCCUGUGAAAUGUUUAAGAUGUACAGUAAUGACGAAGGAUUAGUUAAUACACAGAUUGAUCCAGAUGGUUCCGGUCCAAUGCCUCCUUUCCCUGUAGGAUGUGAUGGAAAAAAGGAAAGAGGAAAAAUAGUGAAAACAGUGGUCUACCAUGAUGCCAUGGAGCAAAUUACAGUCGAUGGCUUCCAAUCGCCAAACUUUUAUAAGAAGGUCAUACAGUAUUCUGGUGAUAUUGAAUCUCUGACAAAUAUUAUUGAACGAUCAGCAUCAUGUUACCAGAACUUAGAAUAUAGAUGUAACAAUUCUAGACUUCUUGGGGAAGCAACGACAAAUGCUGAUUAUUUUGCAUGGUGGGUAGGAAGGACCAACCAGCCCAUGUAUUAUUGGGGAGGUGCUGCCCCAGGGUCAAACAAAUGUUUCUGUGGUCUGCAGGAGAAAGGCUGCACUGGUGGAAAAUCAACAUGCAACUGUGAUGCUGGGACAAAUAAUGAGUUUGAUGGUGGAAAUAUUGUACACAAGGAUUAUCUCCCCAUUAUGGAGUUAUAUUUUGGCGAUACUGGUACUAUUGGUGAUGAUAAGAUUGGCAAAUAUAAAGUCGGAGAAUUAGUUUGUGAGGGAGAUUCUGUGUUGGACAGUAUUGUAACAUUCCGUAAGGCUGAUGCAACCAUUAAGAUCGACACAUGGGAAGCCGAUCCUGCAGGGGAUAUCUGGUUCCAGUUUAAGACUACAGCCACUGAUGGAACUAUCCUACAUAACAUUGGGGAUCCAGAUUACAUCAAGGUUGCCUUGUUCAAUGGUGACACAAUACAGUUCAGUUAUGACACAGGAAAUGGUGCAAAGGUUGUUGAUUUCAAGACAACAAAUGCCCUCAACGAUGACCAGUGGCAUACAGUUCAUGUGGAAAAGAACAGGAAACAGGCAUGGUUACGUGUGGACAAUUUUCCAGAAAAAUAUAUAACAGAAUCGUCUGACGAAAUGUCUAGAACUCUUGAUCUAAAGGAAGGACUUGUCAUAGGUGCCACUGUUGAAUUCAAAGCCGGAUAUGUUGGAUGCUUAAGAGGCUUGAGAGUAAAUGGUGUUUUAGUGGACCUAAGGGGCUUGAUCUCACGUGGACAGGUAUCUUAUGGUGUAACUGAGGGAUGUAUUGGUAAAUGUAGCAGUAAUCCUUGCUUUAAUGGUGGUACAUGUAUAGAGGGAUACUCUGGCUACACAUGUGACUGUUCCUACACACCAUGGAGAGGAUGGAUGUGUGGGAGAGAGGUUGGUGUGAAUUUACAGAAACAUUUUAUGAUUAGAUAUGAGUUUGAUAAAAGUCAAGGUCUUUCAACAACUGACUUCAAAGAUGUGAAAGUGGGUUUCACUACUAAGACAAAACAGGGAAUUCUGAUGCAGAUCCAGUCACCCAAUGGAGAAUACAUAUCCUUAGAACUCAACAAUGCUGGUGGUGUGAAAUUUGUGGUUAAUGUUGGUGAAGCUCAAAGAUUUGAAAUGAACACAAAGAAUGAUGGUAUAGAUUAUACCAAUAACCAACAGCAUGUAGCUCAUUUAUGGAGAACAGGUGAAAACAGUGAAUUCCUCAACUUACAGGUUGAUGAUUAUCAAAUUGCUUUUGAUAAGCUGGGAGAUAUUGGAGAUCAGAUUCUGGAUGAUCCUAAAUAUUUAUUCAUUGGCAAUAAUGAUACAUCAAAUGCAGAGAGAGGAUUUGAAGGUUGUAUUUACAGAAUGUCAAUAGAUAAUAUUUUCCCUUUGAAGAGAGCUUUCCAGGAUCCCAGACCUUCCUACAUGUGGUUGUAUCCUAACAAUACAAUUCGAGAAGAUAUGUGUGGUUUUGAGGAAGUGACAGUAAUUCCCGAUCCUAUUGAGAUUCGUCCAGGAAGUGGAGGAACGUUAGUCAAUAUCACAUACCCAUAUGUAGAAGAUACCUCAGCUAGAGAUAAAGCUAUUACUGGAGGUGUAUUAGCAGUUGUAUUUUUAAUCAUCAUUGUGUGCAUUAUAAUAGCUGUGAUGUAUUUCCGUGAAAAGGGAGAUUAUUCAACCAAAGAAGCCACUGGACAAGAUUUUGUGGAUAAUCCUGAUGCAGCUCUCGUCAUUAACUCUACUGGGGUACCAGACAUUGGUAAAAGACAAGAAUGGUUCAUGUAGAACAACAUCGAUGUCAUUUUCUUAAAAUGUGAUAUAAAAUCCAUUUUUUUUCAUUUUUGAUUUGGUUAGCAAUAUAUUUUGAAUUUUGAUACUAGCAUUUAAGGUUAUUAUAAUUUAAAUUCAUUUGCUAUAUAAAUAUUAAUUAUGUUUUAAAGUAGUAAAAUUAUAUUUAAACUGAUUUUUUUUUCUUCUUGACUAGUUAAAUUUAUAUUCUAAUUUAAGUUGAUACAAAUUAAGAAAGUAUAUCUAGAAUAUUUUUUAAUCAUUUGACAUCAUUUUUCAUUUAAUUACAUGUAUAUCAAAAGUGCUUUGUAAAUAUCAUAAUCAUGCUGAUGUAAAUAAUUUUGUAUACUAUUGUAAAUUAAAUCAAAAAGGAUUCUUCAUCUGAAGCAUGUUUCAUUUUGGUCCAUUUCAGAUCUGAUAUUGUAAAUUUUACAUAUGUUUUUUUUGUAAAGCUUGAAUAUUAUUACUCAUGAACAAGAUAUUUGAUUUCCAAAACUGAUACAUUUAUCAAUCAUUUUUUUUCAGAUAUGUUUAAUUUUUUCUCCAAAGAAAGUAAAAGUGAAAUAAAAUCAGUCACAUCGAAAUAUUUUUUAAGGUUACAACAAAAUUAUACAUAUUUUUAUUUGGCUUAAGUGAACUUUUCUGCAUUUCAAAAAGCACAAGUUUCAGUUUUAUUUAUAAUACAUUCCAGAAAUUGUUUAUAUUAAUGUAUAAAAUAUGUAGAUAUUAUUUUUAUAACAAAGGUUGUAUGUAUCAUAGGUCAGAUUAGUUCUUUUUUAAUUAAUCGAAGGAAUGCCAAGUUUUUAUAAUUUGAUACCUAAAAAAUUAUAUACCUCAAAAUGUUUAUAAUUAUAACUGACAUUAAGCAGUGUUUGAUAAUUGAAUAUUUUGAUUGUUAAUUUAUAAAAUUUUGUUGAUUUCAAAUGACUAAAUGCAAGUGGUGUGCCAUUUGAUGUGUUUAGCGGGUGCUAGUGACACAGUCUACUUAUUAAUAAAGCAUAUCAUUUUAAAUAGGGAGAACAAGUUUCAUUACCCCUAAAAACCAUGACAUUUCACACAAAGUACAAGGAAAUAACAAAAUUUUGGUUAUCCUUAAAUUAAGUUUGCAAAUAUUGUAAUUAUUCAAAAAAGUAUGUUGGGUAAAAUGGAAAAAAUUGUACUCCAAGGAUACAUUAAUUUCUUUUCUUUCUUUUUUCUCAAAAGUGUCACUUGGUAGCUUUGGUUUUGGGUUAGCCUAAAUGAAGUGGCAUAAAUAAAAUGUUUUUGUUCUUGCUUACUGACACUAUAUAUCACACGCUCAAAAAAGGAAAUGGGAAAAGGGGGGGGGGAAUCCAUUAGCAUUUUACACUACAUCACAGCUAUUAAUGGAACAGCAAAGUAGAUUCCUUUAAAAGGCUUUAAGUGUUUUAGUGAAUAUUUCUUUGGGUACCAUUAUUUCCAUAAAUAGUGUACCUGAAAACCCAUGGUUUUAUUUUUAGAUAAAAUAUAUACAUUAGUUACACAUAUCAUAUAUUUUACUUUGUACAUAUCAUUUUAAGGAAUUCAUUAUGUGGAGAAUCUAUUUGGAUGAUUUUUGCCAUUCCAUUUUAUAACAAUGAUAUAUUUUACAAUAAACUUUAUUGAUUCUAUAAA